GCCGGCAGCUCGGCGAGAGGCUGCGCGCGCCGGCCAGGCCAGGCCGAGAGCCGGGCCCGAGGCUAGGCGAGGGUGCCGGGCGGUGCGAGGCUACGGUCCCGGGAGCUCCGGGGUCACGGGUGCGGGAGAGACCGGCGCACUGCCUUUGCUGCAGCGCUCGAGCCCCACGCCGGGUGCUCGUCUCUCCAUUCUCGAGUCUGCCCUGCGCCUGCCGGAUUCGCAGGUCCUCAGCGCCAAGGCCCGCGAGGCUGCAUCCCAGCCUCUGCCGCUCGCUGCGGCUGCCACUGCCGCUGAUCGCCGGCUUCCCCUCCCCCCACACCCGGGGCUCGGAGCAGGAGGAGGAGGGGCCGGUGCGUUCUCGGCUCUGCUCUCUGCAACCUGCGGGGGCCGGUGCAUGCCGGGCUAGGAGCCGGGGCCGCUGCAGGUGCGUGCAAUCCUCCGAGGAGACGGACUCUUCACCCCCGGGCAAACCCGGGAGCUGCAAGCAGAGGGCGGGCGGGCAAGCGAGAGGAAGCAACAAAGACAGGCUGCAGCUGGGGCUGGCGAGAGGGGCUGCGGCCGCCGGCCUCCCAGCGCGGACGGAGAGGGCGCCCUGGGAGAGGCGCGGGCAGAGCUACCGCGGUGAGCCGGGCCCCGAAGGGAGUCGCAGCGCCUCCCGCCGGAUGCAUGGAGGACAGUCUCCGGCGAGGAUGCACCGCCUGAGCGCGCGAGCGGCUGGGGACCCGAGCGGACGCGACCGGUGCUGAGCAGAGUAACCCCCUUCCCCGACUUCGGACAGUGCUUUCGGGCAUAGGAAUCGCCAUCACCUACAGCUCCCUUUCCCACCCGAGGAAAAGCAUCGGCCCCCAAGGGGGGCCUUCCUCGGGCAAUCUUUAUCACCCCUGCAUGGCCGCGAUGCGCAGAUUGGAGCGUCGUGGCCUCUGAGACUUGGUGCCCUUCGCCUGCCUGGCUGACACAGGACCCUGCUGCAGAACGUGCCCCACCUGGGGCUCCCAGCUCAGCCAUGCUGGCCUGUCUGCAGAGGACUCAGAACCCGCCCGGCCAACACCUGGUCUGUCCAAGCAAGAGCCUGGAGCUGCGCAAGUGUGAGUCAGUGGCCAGCCCUAUGCGUUCCUCCCGCUACCCCAGCCCAGCCGAGCUGGAUGCCUACGCCGAGAAGGUGGCCAACAGCCCACUGUCCAUCAAGAUCUUCCCCACCAACAUCCGAGUGCCCCAGCACAAGCACCUGAGCCGCACAGUCAACGGCUACGACACCAGUGGCCAGCGCUACAGUCCCUACCCUCAGCACUCCACCGGCUACCAGGGCCUGCUGGCCAUUGUCAAGGCUGCGGUCGCCUCCUCCAGUUCAGCCGUGCCCUCUGGACACACCAAAGGCGUGCUGAAGAGUGUGGAGGGCAAGCGGACUAAACUGUCCCCGGCCACCGUGCAGGUGGGCAUCGCACCCUACCCGGUGCCCAGCACGCUGGGGCCUUUGGCUUACCCGAAGCCACCCGAGGCGCCCGCCCCACCGCCCAGCCUGCCUGCAGCUGCCACUGCCACCUCUGUGAUCCCUCUGCCGGGCCGGGGCCUCCCCCUGCCACCCUCCAAUCUGCCCUCUAUCCAUAGCAUCCUCUACCAGCUCAACCAGCAGUGCCAAGCCCCAGGUGCUGCACCAGGCGCCUGUCAGGGCGUGGCUGUGCCCCACCCCAGUCCAGCCAAGCAUGGCCCGGUGCCCAACUUCCCUAGCAUGGCUUACUCAGCCACAGCCGGUCUGCCAGACUGCCGGAAAGGCACAGAACUGAGCCAGGGAGCCACACCAGCACUGACACUGCCUGGGGCCACCAAGCCCGCAGGGUAUGCAGACGGUGGCCUGGAUUACCUGCUGUGGCCACAGAAGCCACCCCCACCCCCACCCCAGCCACUUAGAGCCUACAGUAGCAGCACUGUAGCCAACAAGUCCCCGGAGACUUGUGGCGGGCGGGCAUUCGAGAGGGCCAACGGGUCGCCCCACAACUGUGGCGUGGGGCUGCCCACCAGCUUCACCGUGGGCCAGUACUUCGCUGCCCCUUGGAACAGUGUUCUGGUGACGCCUACUAGCGACUGCUACAAUCCAGCAGCAGCUGCAGUAGUGACGGAGCUGGGGCCCGGAGCUGCCAGGGAGCUAACGGCGCCUCCUGCAGACACACUCUCGGGCCUGGCCAGCAAGAGUGUGUGCAACACAGCGGUGCUGAGCAGCAGCCUGCAGUCCCUGGAGUAUCUUAUCAAUGACAUUCGGCCACCCUGCAUCAAGGAGCAGAUGCUGGGCAAGGGCUACGAGACGGUGGCUGUACCGCGGCUGCUGGACCACCAGCACGCCCACAUCCGCCUACCGGUCUACAGAUAAGGUCUGCCCCGCGGGCACACGGACUGACGGGCGGAUGGACAAGGUGCUGGGAGUUGCAGGCCACAGCACAGGGCAGGAUGCUAGCAGGGCGUCCCACCUGCCCUGGGGCCAUGUGUCCUGCACGGCGGUGGGCAGGCAGAUCGACCUCACACAACAGGGCUUCCCCCUGCCCCCAGUUUGCUGCCCUAGGAAGCAGGGAGGGUCCAGGGCUGCCUGUAAGGCCCAUCCUUCCUCCUCGGGGGCGGGGAAAGAGGACCUUCGGCAGACAGGAAGUUCCUUCUGGGGCUCCAGCAGAGGCCCUCAGACCAGGGGUGCUCCAGUCAGCCAAGCCACCCACUCGGUUUCUACCCACAAUGCCCUAGUCUCUCAGAAAAGGAGCGGAAGGAAGCAUGGGGGUCCCUGGGCCCAGAGUGCCCCAUCCCCACCAACUAACCAGGUAAAGACCACUCCGACUCCAGACUCCUAGAGGCCUCAGGACAACUCCCAGCCCCCCAGCCCCGAGCACCCUUCUUACUAGGAAUCAUGCCCCACCCUGCGCUCUCCACUGGCUGGACCCCACCUCUUCUCCUUCCCCUCGGGUACACCUUACAGGGCUGUUGGGGACAGCUGGUGCAUCGCACAAGGGCACCCUGCCCAAGGAGAUGCCACUCGCCUCCUAGACUUGUAUAUUUAUUACAGUCGUCUGCAUUUCGACAAAGGGGCACCAUUUUCCUAUUCGCACAAAGAUGUCACAGGGGCUAGCAAGGGGCCUGUAAAUUCAGACUCUGUUCACAAGGACGAUCUUGCUUCUUGGAGUGUGGGGUCUCCUGGGAAGAAGUAGUGAGGGGGUCACCUACUGGCUAUAACUGGAAUACCCCACCCAGCUCCUUUUCUGCACUCGCCCCUCCUCCCAGGCCUGCACUGUUGGGGGGGGCGGGGGAGGGCGUAGGUAAGUCCAAGAAGUGGUCAAGGCCCUGCAGUCCCCUGGCCCCAGGCGCUCGCUCCGGAAGCAGUACCGUAUCUCUCCAAGGCCUGUCCAAGCACUAAGUGCAUUUACAAAUCUCCGAGAAUGUUUUUUUAUACUAAAAUUGACCAUUAUAUUCUACUGUGAGAAGUGCAGUCUGCACUAUAUUGUUUUAAAAACGAAGAGAAAGAAAAAAAACAGAAAACA